AUGCCUGCCGUUACUCGAAACGCUAGCCCUUCUUCCGAGUCGUCCUUUGACGGUCUUCGCGGCUCUACGUCCCCAUCCAGCGCUGCUUCUUCUGCUGGCGAUGACGAGUAUGCUGCCGCUUCUUUCCCCGACUACGCGGAGAAGCCUCUCGAUGAACAAUUGGAGCCAAUUGCUGUUGUUGGCAUGGGUUGCCGUCUGCCCGGCGAUGUCAAGUCUGCUUCCGACUUCUGGGACCUCAUGAUGAGCAAGGGCACUGGUAACACGCCCAAGGUCCCCUCGACUCGAUUCAACAUCGAUGCCCACAUCCACAAGAACAAUGACCGACCUGGAAGCUUCGGUGUCCUUGGUGGAUACUUCCUCAAGGAUGAUCUUGCGGACUUCGAUCCCGGUUUGUUCGGUAUCACCCCCGUCGAGGCCAUGUGGAUGGACCCUCAACAGCGAAAGCUGCUCGAGGUUGUCUACGAGGCUCUCGAGUCCGGUGGUAUCUCUCUCGAGAAGAUUGCUGGCACUCGAACCGCCGUCUUCGCCGCCAGCUUCACUGCUGAUUGGCAGCAGAUGGCCUUCAAGGAGCACUCUUUCCGUCACAGCUUGGCUGCCACCGGUGUCGACACCGGCAUCAUCAGCAACCGCAUCAGCCACGUCUUCAACCUCAACGGCCCCAGCAUCAUGUGCAACACUGCUUGCUCAUCUUCCGUCUACGCCCUGCACAACGCUUGCAACGCCCUGCGAAACAAGGAGUGCGAGGGUGCCAUCGUUGGUGGUGUCAACCUGAUCAUCACCGUUGACCAGCACAUGAACACUGCCAAGCUUGGUGUCUUGUCCCCCACUUCGACUUGCCACACCUUCGAUGCCUCCGCUGAUGGAUAUGGCCGUGCUGACGCUGUCGGUGCCGUUUACCUGAAGCGUCUCUCGGAUGCCAUCCGUGACGGUGACCCAAUCCGUGGUGUUAUUCGAUCCAGUGCUACCAACUCCAACGGCAAGGUCCCUGCUGCUGGUAUCACCCAUCCCAACCGUGAUGGUCAGGCUCAUGUCAUUGCCGCUGCCUACAAGCGCGGUGGUGACCUCGACCCCCGUCUGACUGGUUACUUUGAGUGCCACGGUACCGGUACCGCCGUCGGUGACCCUCUCGAGGUCAACGCCGUCUCCAUUGCCAUGAACCAGGAUCGCAAGCCUGGUGAGGAGCCUCUGUGGAUUGGCGCAGUCAAAACAAACAUUGGCCACUCUGAAGCUGCCAGUGGUCUGUCUGCCCUCAUCAAGGCCAUCAUGAUUGUCGAGCGUGGUGUUAUCCCCGCCACUCGCGGUCUUGUCAACCCCAGCCCUGCCAUCAAGUGGGAUGACUGGAAGGUCAAGGUCCCUACUGAUGCCGUUGCCUUCCCUCGCCACCUCCCCGUCCGUCGUGUUUCCAUCAACAGUUUCGGAUACGGUGGCACCAACGCUCACGUUAUCGUUGAGGGCGCCGACUCUCUGACUCGCAACGCCCCAGCCUACACCUUCGUGGACAGCUGGGCCAAGCAGCCAAAGACCACCGGUCGCCGCCGUGCUCUUGAGCGUAACCGCCCCUUCCUGCUGCCCUUCUCUGCUCACGACAAGGCCACUGUUCGCCGCAACAUUGACGCCCACGGCAAGGUUGCUUCCAAGUACAGCCUGCUUGAUCUCUCCUACACGCUGGGCAACCGCCGUAGCAACCUUGCCAGCAAGGGCUUCGCUGUCGCUAGCUACAACUCUCUGACCAAGGUCUUUGAGAAUGUCGGCGAGAACUUUAGCUUUGCUGAUAAAAAGAACAUCCGCUCUGUCGGCUUUGUCUUCACUGGCCAGGGUGCUCAGUGGGCUCGCAUGGGUGCUGACUUGAUGGCUUACUGCCCUUCGUUCCUCCGCUCCAUUCGUGCUCUUGACCUCGUCCUUGAGGAGCUUCCCGAUGGCCCCGAGUGGUCCAUUGAGGAUGUUCUCCUGGAGCAUGCUGAGACCUCCCCCAUCAGCGAUGCCGAGUUCUCUCAGCCCCUCUGCACUGCUAUCCAGAUCGCCACCGUUCAGCUGCUCCGAUCCUGGGGCGUCACCCCCAAGGUCACCGUUGGCCACUCUUCUGGCGAGAUUGCCGCUUCCUACGCUGCUGGCCUGGUCUCUGCCGACGAGGCCAUUGUUGCCGCCUACUACCGUGGUAAGGUUGCUCGUGAUGUCAACACUGGCGGUGCCAUGAUGGCCGUUGGCCUCGGCGCCGAGGCUGUUGAGAAGUACCUGGCCGAGUACCAGGGCAAGGUUGUAGUUGCUUGUCACAACUCCCCUGCUCUUGUUACUCUGUCUGGUGACGGUGAUGCUCUCGAGCUCGUCCGGGCCAAGCUUGACGCUGACGGUGUCUUUGCCCGUCCCGUCAAGACCAACGGCAAGGCCUACCACUCUCACCACAUGGCUCCUGUCGCCGAGAAGUACGAGGCGAUGGUCCGAGCCACCAAGGAGAAGGUCAAGGGCAGCCUUCCUCUGGCCACCGACGCCAAGAUGGUCUCGUCUGUUACCAACAAGAUCCUCGGCGAUGAGGAUGUCGUUGACGAGACUUACUGGAGUGCCAACCUUCGCAGCCCUGUCCUGUUCGACCAGGCCGUCACCACCAUCCUGGCUGCUGAGGAGUUCUCUGAUGUCGACCUGUUCAUCGAGAUUGGCCCUCACUCCGCCAUGGCCGGCCCCAUCAAGCAGAUCAAGGCUGCUGUCAAGAACGACAAGAUUGAUUACAUCCCUACUCUCUUGCGUGGCAAGAACUGUGCCGAGCAGCUCCUCAAGACUGCCGGUGAGCUCUUCCUCCGCAGCUACCCCGUGAACAUGGAGAAGAUUGCCAACGCCUACGUCGACCAGCGCGGUGCCAACGGCAAGGCCCUCAAGGGCAGCACCAUUGUCGAUCUCCCUCCCUACCAGUGGAACUACACUCGACCCUUCUGGGCCGAGAGCCGUAGCAGUCAGGAGCAGCGUCUGCCCAAGUACCCUCGUCACGAUGUCCUCGGGCAGCUGGUCGUUGGUAACUCGCUAGCUGAGCCCACCUGGCGCAACAUGCUCCGUAUCCGCGAUCUGCCUUGGCUCAAGCACCACCACCUGGGUGGUGAGUCGGUCUUCCCUGCUGCCGGCUACUUCGCCAUGGCCAUUGAAGCCAUCCGCCAGAUCAACGAGACGAGUGCUAGCCCCGUCAACAUCGAGAGCUAUGUUCUCCGCGACGUGUCCAUAAAGACUGCGCUCGUGACCCCCGAUGACGACGAUGGCAUUGAAGUCCUCUUCAACAUGCGCCCAUCCAUCAUCGGUGCCGGCUGGUGGGACUGGAACGUCUCAUCCGUCGACGCUGAGCGUGUCAAGAAGGACCACAUGUCCGGCAGCAUCAGCAUCAACACUCGCCCUCGCGGCAAGACUCCUCGCUCUGUCCCCCAUCUGCCUCAGCGUGCUACUGGCAAGGCUUGGAACCAGGCUCUGCGCGAGGUUGGCUUCGACUACGGCCCGACCUUCCAGGACAUGGAUGACAUUCGCUUCGAUGGCCGAAACUACCAGGCCGCCUCUUCGACCAACAUCAAGCAGUUUGUUGAUGAGACCCUGGGCGAGUCCCGAUACAUCCUGCACCCUGCUGUCAUUGACUCUACUCUGCAGCUCGCCAUCGCUGCCAUCUACGCUGGUCGCACCAACGCCAUGGAAUGUGGUGUUGUGCCCGUCCAGGUUGAUGAGGUCGCCAUCUGGCCGCCCACCGAAGAGCAGCUCAAGGUGCAAAAGGCCUCCGCCUAUGCCACUGUCCACCGCCGUGGUCUCCGUACUUCGGAGAGUAACGUCCAGAUGGUUGCUGCUGACGGCGAGUUGAUCAUGGAACUCACCAACAUGCGUGCCACUGCUUACGAGGCGGCCGUUCCUCAGAAGGCUGAGAGUGCUCUUGAGGAGGCUCCUUACGGCGAGAUGUCUUGGGUACUUGACGUCGACGCUGUUGAGAACAGGGCUGGCCUCAGCGCUCCUGAGCUGGUCAACCUUGCUCUCUUCAAGUACCCCAGCUACAAGUCUAUUGAGCUGGGUGCUAAGAACGCUGCUGCCAUCCUCAGCCAGAACCCCCAGGCCUCUUACACCAUCGUCGCCGUCUCCGAGGAAGAGGCUGAGGCUGCCAAGCCUAUUGUUGCCCCUUACCACAACGCCAAGAUUGUCAUUGUUGAUCCCAGCCAGGAGCUCGAGACCCAGGGCCUCAAGAAGGAGUCUUUCGAUAUCCUCGUCGCUGGUGGCGCCGUGUCCCUGGACAGCCUCUUGAAGGCCGGAGCUACUGCCAUUGGCGCCGGCGUCUCUGUCGCCAAGAAGGCUGAGGAGGCUACCAAAACCGACAAGCACUCUGUGCAGCUGGUAUACCGCACCAGCCAGAGCUCUAUUGUCUCUCCUGUGCGAACUGCCCUCGAGGCUCUUGGUUGGGAGGUCACUCUCUCCAGCCUCGAGGCUUCCCUGACCUCUGCUGUUCCUGAGCAUGUCGUCGUUCUGGCUGACUUUGAGAGCCCUGUCCUGUUCACCCUGAAGGAGCAGGAGUUUGCUGCCAUCCAGAACAUCAUUGCUAAGACCUCUAACCUUCUCUGGGUCAGCACUGGUGCUAUUCUCGAGGGUAAGAAGCCGGAGUAUGCCAUGAUCUCUGGCCUUGCUCGUGCCAUUACCUCCGAGCAGGCUUCUAUUGACUUCCGCACCCUUGACGUCGAUACCGACAACGUCAAGCCCGAGCAGACUGUCAAGGCCAUCACCAAGAUUGCCCAGCUCCAAGUGGCCAAGGCUGAGGAGCUUCCCGAGCGGGAGUUUGUCCUGUCCAACGGCAAGACUUACAUCAGCCGACUUGUCCGCACCAAGGGCCUGAACAAUGUCUACACUGGAGCCAACAAGGCUGAGGAUGUCAAGUUCACCUUUGGCGAGCGCAUCCACGGCAAGGCUCUCCGCAACAAGGUUGUGUUCCAGAAGGAGGACUCCGCCCCUGAGGUCAAGCCUGGCCAUGUUGAAGUUGAGGUUCUGAGCAGCGGUCUCACCAAGGAGGGCGUUCUCGUCAUCAACGGUGUUGACUAUGCCACCACCUUCAGCCACGAGAUUGGCGGUGUUGUCAAGCGUGUCGGAUCUGGCGCCUCUGGCUUCCAGGUUAGUGACAAGGUUGUUGGAUUCAGCAUUGGCCGCUUUGACAGCUACCAGCAAGUCCCGACUACUCUGCUUCACAAGGUUGCCAGCUCGGAUGAUCUCACCGGCAUUGUCAGCAGCCUGACUGCUUAUGCCGCUGCUCUGCACGGGCUCCAGACUCUUGCCUCCGUCCAGGACGACGAGAACGUUCUCGUUCUGAGCAACUCUGGCUUCGCUGGUGCCGCCGCCAUCAAGGUUGCUCUGCUUAAGGGCGCCACCGUCUAUGCCGUGGCCAAUACUGACGACGAGGCCGCCUUCCUGCAGAAGCAGUUCGGCCUCAAGACCGAGAACAUCCUCCGUCCUUCCAACGGCCUGGUUUCUGAGCAGCUCGAGAAGCUCACCAAUGGCCACGGCGCCGAUGUUGUCUUCAGUGCCGGCAGCGUUGACUCUAGCGAUGCUCACGAGGCAUGGCGUACUAUUGCGCCUUUCGGUCGCUUCGUUGACAGCGGUCGCAAGGAUAACCUCAGCCGCAACGUCCUUGACGGCAUUCCCGUCCAGAAGAGCGCCAGCUACCUUCCCUUCGACAUCAUUGAGGCUCUGGGUUCCAAGCCCAAGCUUCUGUCUAGACUCCUGCCUGCCAUCGUCGAGAUUGCUAAGCAGCCUUCUGCCGCUCCUGGCGCUACCAAGGCCAUCGAGCUGGCUGACCUUGACAAGGCUGUUGCUGCUUACUCCGAUGCCUUUGGCUCGGUCAAGUCUGUUGUCGAGUACCAGGCCUCCGUGACGCCCAUCCAGACUCUGCCCACCCGCACUAAGCUUCAGUUCAGCGCCGACUCUACUUACCUGCUUGUCGGAUGCUUGGGCGGUCUCGGUCGUAGCUUGACCUCGUGGAUGAUGGAAUCUGGAGCUCGCCGCUUCACCUUCCUCUCCCGAUCUGGUGCGGACUCACCCUCCGCUGCCAAGCUGGUCGCCGACCUUGAGGCUGCCGGAGCCAUCGUGCAAGUUGUCCGCGGUGACGCCACUUCCCGCGACGAUGUUGUCCGUGCUGUCAACAGCAUCCCUGCCCAGUUCCCUAUCAAGGGUGUUGUCCAUGCUGCCAUGGUUCUGAGAGAUGCUCUCUUCCACUCCAUGACCUAUGAGGCCUGGAAGCAGUCUACUAACCCCAAGGUUGUCGGUGCCCAGAACCUUCACUCCGUUCUAGCCGAGACUCCUCUUGACUUCUUCGUCAUGACCUCUUCCGUCUCGGGUAUCCUGGGUACUCCCGGCCAGGGCAACUAUGCUGCUGCCAACGCCUACCUCGACUCCCUUGCUCGCUUCCGCCACACCCAAACCAAGGCUCCCGCCACCUCUGUCGUCCUUCCUAUGGUUCUCGGUGUUGGUGUCGUUGCUGAGAAUGUCGAGCUUGAGGAUGCCCUUAAGCGCAAGGGUAUGUAUGGUGUUGAUGAGGAGCACCUUCUCCAGUCCUUCGAGGCGGCCAUGAUCUCCAACACUCUGGAGACUGUGCCUGACCACGUUGUCGUCGGUCUUGAUCCCGCUCUCCUGCAGAAGGCUGUCAAUGAUGCCGCUGCUGUGGAUAGCUUCUGGCUCGAGGACGCCCGCUUCAGCCACAUGGUCCACGACAUCAACUCCUCCGCCGAUGACGCCGGUGCUGGUGCCGGUGGCCAGAGCAUUGUUGCUACCAUCAAGGCCGCCGAGACCCUCGCCGAGGCCAUCACUGCUGUCAACGAGCACUUUGUUGACAAGCUGGCUCGCAUGCUCAUGCUCAACCCCGAAGAUGUCGACCCUGAGAAUGGUUCCAUUGCCUCUUAUGGUAUUGACUCCAUGAUUGGUGCUGAGCUGCGAAACUGGAUCUUCAAGGAGUACAAGAUGGAUGUGCCCUUCCAGCAGCUGCUUGGACCUACUCUGACCAUCUGCAAGUUUGCCGCCCAGGUCUGCGCUGCCCAGGGACGUGAGGCGUAA